ACGAGGAAGAUGUCAAAACCAAAACACUGGAAGGCCGUCAGAGCCGCCGGUCUCAAAGAUUAAACAUGCAUUGUUUGGAUUGCAGCUUUAUUUUUUACAUCUUACGUCCGCCAUAUAUGUGGUUAAGAAGCAUGUAAACGUCUGCCAUGUCUCACCCUGAAAGUCUCAACACGAGCCCUUGGGGCUUACCUGAGCUUUUGGUCCAGAGGAGGCUGCUUGGUUUUGGGGCACUCUUGGCUUGGAUGGUCCUCUUUCACCUUCUGGUCAAUGUUUGGCUUCUCUGUGUGUUCACCAGCCUCUUAGUGGUCUUAGGUGGUUGGCUUGGCUCUCAGGCUGUCCUGGACUCUGACAGUGUUGUUCAUCUAGAGCGGUUUGUGAAGCUGGAGGAGAUCCCAUCUAGUGCUGAGAGUGAGCAGUUACUGGAGGAUGAAAUCCAGAAGACAGUUGGGAAGAUCAUUCGUGAUUUUGUCUCCUCAUGGUACAGCACCGUGUCUAGAGAGCAAGAGUUUGAGGAUGAAGUGCACAAUGCCAUGAUCUCCAUGGCCAUGGAGCUCAAGGGUCGAGCAGCAAAAGUAGAUCGUAAAGCUUUAACACAGAAGAUAUUUGAUCUUUCCGGAUGCCAUCUCCAGUGCUACUUGAGUGCCAAGGGAAGCCUCGAAGGGCGAGAGGGUGGAAAAGUUGGAGACGAUGCUACCAAAUUCUGGGAGGUGUAUAGCAAGUUCUGCUUACCCCACCCUGCUCUUCAGAGCUCUGCGGUUGAGGUGAAUUAUGUGAGGGCAAUGGUGGAUCUUCUUCUACACGUUCUUGUACCAUCUCCACAUUUAGAAACGAGAACAGGCCGGUUUGUAGUGGGUGAGCUCAUAACGUGCAAUGUUUUUUUGCCUUUAAUAGCAAAACUGUCCGACCCAGACUGGUUAAACAUGUUGAUUGUUAGUGUUUUUACAAAAUCCAGUGAAUCAACCCAAGAGCCAAAGCCAGUAGAAAUUCAGCCUCCACCACAAGUCAAAUGUAAUCAAGAAAACACACAACAGGAACUUGAGGUUCCUUGCGUAUUGACCUUAAAAGUCGCCCCUGACACCCCCACAGCUACGGAGACCCCCACACCAGAACUGUCAGCAUAUGAUGUCAUCGACUCCACUGAACUUUUUUCUCCGCACAAUCUGGAGGAAGAUGAACCGCAGCCUACGAAACCGUUUCCGUCUGGAUUUGGCCCGAGGGAUUAUCUGAGACUCGGCAAGCCCAAUCCAUUUUAUCAAGAAACGGACUCUGACCUCGAAUCUCCACUGAUAGACUUUAAGAGGAGCUCUCUGGAAUCACUGGUUUUGAUCAGCACAGAGGAGGCUCUUUCUGAGAGACUCACUGAAUGCACCACUCCAGUAGACACUGUCCUAGACCUUGAGGAUGAAUUGCAGACCUACACCAAUUCAACAGAUAAGGAGUGCCCCAAGGUUAUGGUCUCGGACCAAAAGGAUUUUUCGUUACAUUCCACCCUCGUGCCAGAGGAAGAGUCGUCAAGCUUUUGCAAUCUCCACCCACCGGAGAAGAGUGCUGAGAAAGGGUUGACGUGUGCGCAUCAGCCUGGUUUGCCGAUCCCAGGUGAGCUAAAUCUGACUGCACCCCUGCAGGCCUCCUCGCCAGCUGCUGGUAACUGUCUGGCACCUUUCAACUUUGAGCCUCUCAGCAGUCCAGAAGGUCCGGUCAUUAUUCAGAACCUUCGCAUCACCGGCACCAUCACGGCCAAGGAGCACAGAGGCACUGGCUCGCAUCCAUACACUCUCUACACUGUAAAGUACGAGACAGCCGUAGACUCUGAGAAUCCUGAAUCUUUGCAGCCUAUGGCGUAUCACACUGUCAACCGCCGAUACAGCGAAUUCCUCAACCUUCAGACCCGUUUGGAAGAGAAACCAGAAUUACGCAAAAUUCUUAAAAAUGUAAAAGGACCGAAGAGGAUCUUUCCUGAACUUCCUUUUGGAAACAUGGAUAGUGACAAAGUGGAGGCCAGGAAAGGAUUGUUAGAAACAUUCCUCAGACAACUUUGCGCCAUUCCUGAAACGGCCAACAGUGAGGAAAUGCAGGAAUUUCUCGCUUUGAACACAGAUGCAAGGAUUGCUUUUGUGAAGAAACCGUUCAUCGUUUCACGCAUUGACAAGAUUGUAGUGAACGCUAUAGUGGACACCCUGAAGACGGCUUUCCCUCGCUCAGAACCACAGAGUCCUACUGAAGACAUAGACACAGAGCCUGAUGGGAAACUUUUCACUGACAAAAAAACAAAGUCAAGAAUGAGGUUCUCCAGUAAAAUCGCACCUUCUCUCAACGUGUCUGACAUGAGACCCAAAGUGCUUUACUGCUUUGAUGAAAGCAGUACUGUUUUUAAUGGCUUCUUGUUGAACGGGCUGGAGAGCUUCAUCUCAGAGAAGGAGCGUUUGGAGGGUAAAGCUCCUGGCUUUGAUGCUGAUGGAGAGAGAGGCGGAGGUCAGGGCGCCAAAUGGGACAUGAAACUGUGUUCAUGUGCAAAAGCGAAGCUAGAAAGUGCGCCUGUCAUCAGUGAUAUUGCUUGCGAUACGUCUCUGUCUGACCUGGCUCUGAAUAUCCUGUGUCUGCUCAUGAAGGAUCAGUGGAGCUGUCUGUGCACUGAGAACAUUCAGAGGACUAUCAGACUGCUGUUUGGAACCCUCAUAGAAAGCAAAAUCACGAACAAAAAUGGCUGGAAACACGCCUACAAACAUGGCUCGCUGCUGCCCGCUCUUUGGAAAUUACCCACUCAAGUUUGGUGGCUGGACAUGGGUGUGGCCAACUUGACCUGCACGCAGUAUUGGGUGACUUAUCUACGGGUGCUUCAGGAGGCCAUCUGGCCUGGAGGUAAUCUGCCGGCUCACCCGCGGUCCCAGCGCAGCCAGCAGCAAAAAGAAGAAAGCAGAAAACAGGUCCAUCACUGCCUUAUGAAACUACUGCCAGAUCUGGUCUCCGAUAUGCUCGGUUCUGAGAAGUACAAGAUCUCUUGGCAGAUGGUUGUGGAUUCCUUUCAGGACCCUACUAUAAACAGGCACCUUGUUUACUGCAUCUGGGAUCUGCUCAUCGAAUUUCUCGUCCCCGAGGCAUCCGACAGGAGCUUUCAGAAAACGCUCCUGCACAGCCUGUCUAAAAACGCUGAGAAGUUGCCGCCGUAGUUCGAUGGAGCAGACCAGACGCAUAACCACGCUGGCAAAUCCAACAUGUCACUCAUAAACAUGUUAAAGAGCAGCAGUUAGCGGUAAGCUGAAAUACACGCUGGAAGAUGUGAGCAGAGAUUGUCCUGCGUUAAGAGAGUGGAUUUGGAUCCGCGUUUGCGGUGUCUGGCACCAAUUUAGUCUCUCUAUGUCUGGGACUCAAACACACCUCGUAUAUCCGGGCUAGCCUUGAUUAAUGGCCACCUGUUUUGUGUUUCAUCAAAAACACAAGUCCCAUCUCUAAAUCUCCCCGUACCGGAUCUGAAUUAGUCGCGAGAUUUUUAUCCACAUUGUUUCCACUUCAGAUUUGGGGAAACUUCUUGCAGAUGGACUUUACAUUAAUAUUCAGUCUGAAUUCAGAACAUGGCCAGUUCCCUGCGUUCUUACUUGGCUUUUACAGGCCUUUUAAUCUUGAUGUACCUGUUUACACAUAUUCUCUCGCUCUACACGUACACACACUUGGUAAUCUUGCCUCCAUCAGAGAUGUUUUCCUGUCUUCUAAAGUGAGAAGCCCAUUUAUUUCCCACGAGAUUCUUCUGAAGUAUGACAUUUGUUGUUCACACAUGUCACAUCUGCUUUUGGUGUCACAGUAAUGCUCUACGUGCUUUGUGGUCUUUCAGCCAAGUUAAUAAGACUUGAAAACGUAACGUCUCUCUUCACAACAUGUGAUUAAGUGGUUUGAAACUGCCUGGAUGGAAAAAGGUCAUGUUUAUGCGUCAAAAACAGGGCCAGGUUUCAAAACAUUCGUUGUCCUGAAAUUCCGCAAAGGCUUUCUGUUGUAGGCCUUGUUGUAUUCCUUAAAGUGAUAUCUAAUGUAAAUAAGUUAAAUCCUAUCUGUUGAAUGUGAAGUUUAUUUCUUUGGAUGUAUUGUGUAUGGGGCAAUUUAAAGGGACAGUUCAACCAAAACAAGGAACAUUUUGUCAUCAUUCCUUCACCUACAAACCUGCAUGAAUUUCUUUGUUCGGUUGUACACAAAAGAAGAUCUUUUUGAAGAAUGUGUGAAACCAAACAGUUCUGGGGCACCAUUGACCACCAAAGUAUAAUUUUGUGCAACAAUGGUAGCCAAUAGUGCCCCAGAACUGUUUGGUAGCAAACAUUCUUCCAAAUAUUUUUGUGUUUAGCAGAACAAUGAAAUGUAUACAGAUUUGGAACAACUUGAGGUUGAGUAAAUAAUGACAGCAUUUUCAUUUUUGGGUGAACUAUCCUUUUAAUUAAUACAUUUUAACCAAUGACAGCGGACCACAUUUACUCAUAAGCACGCCCCUGUAGUUAGUUCUUUGCAUAAAGCAUUUCCAAACACAAACUCUUGUAUAGACAUGUUUCACGUGUAUCUUAACUAUCAAAAAUAUCUUAAUGCUCUUUAAAGAUUAAAUGUCGCUUCAGUCUUCAUGAUUUUGCACAGAAAUGCUGGUUUUACAUAAGCAUUUACAUAAGCUUAUUUUAUGGUUUACACAUUUUCUUUAGGCUGCUGCCUCUAAAGACUCUAGCACAAUUAGAUAAUGUCUCAAUUGCCUUAAUGUGUGUAAAUACAUACUUCAGUUUAUAAAAACACUUGUUGUAGAUGCACAUGUGGAACAGUAAAAGAGGCUUGUUCAUCCUCAAGAUGAUGUAGAAUUCAUUUUCAAUGUUUCCAAAAGUGUUAUUAUCACAAUAUUUUGUUACUUUGGCCCAAUGCUGUAUUACCAUGGUUGCUUUCUGUAGUUAUUAUUUUGCUUGCAGAAGCAUUCCAGUAGUUUUGGUAUGUGAUCAUGUUAACUAUAGCGCAUGCAGAUUUGCCUGCACUGUGAGUCCUACUGCUGUUGUUUAGCAUCAUGCAUUACAAUGACAGCUUCACAACACCGUGCUUAAUACGCUGAAUGUUGCACUAUUUCUGUAAGUGAUCUGGUGAGUGUAUAUCAUAGGCCUUAUGUUGUCCUGAUGCGUGUUGAAACACGAGGUUGCAGCAGUGGAUAUCGUCAUUAAUAAUUCAGUGGAAAUGCAUAUUACAGGGAUGUUGUCAUUUGUUUUCUAGCAUGUGCCUGUGUUUUCACUUUCUGUUGCAAGGUAUGAUAUUAAUUGUUGUAACUUAUUCUAAGUUAAUUGUGAAUCAAUUGUCAGCGAUAAUAUAGUUGUGAUCUGAAACAAGGAAAAACAGCUUGUUCCAAAAAACAUCAAGUACUAAGAUUAGGGUUGGGAAUCGUUUCAAUUUUAUCGAUUCCAAUUCUGAUUCUGCUUAUCGAUUUCGAUUCUCAUCGAUUCCCAGUUUCGAUUCCGAAGUUGAAGUAAAACAUUUAGAUAUCAACCUGUAUGGUCAUUUAGCCUGCUUAUUGACUUGUUUGCAAAAUAUAUAUAUAUAUAUUUAUGAGCACCGUUUUGUGUAUAUUUACACAUAGAAACACACCUUUUCUGAUUUAUUACAAUUUGUAUUAUCAUAAUUGGAACUACAUCAUGGUUAAACUGCAGUUACUAUAAUGCAACUAUGGUUAAUUUGUGAUUCCUGUGCUUUAAUGCAAAUUCUAUAGCUAAACUAUGCUUACUAUAGUAAAAAAAUCGAUAAUUUUCACAAGGGCUUUUAUUGAGAUAUCAGCAGAUCAAGAACGCUGUACUUUUCUGAAAAUAUGCACACAGGAAUUGAUUAGAGGAAUUCAAAUUUUAAUCUCAAGUAUCCGAUUCCUAUUCCUUUCGAUUCCGAUCCGAUUCCUAGCCUUUCUAUUCCGAUUCCAAAUUGGAAUUGAUUUUCGAUUCCCAACCCUAACUAAGAUAUAUAUUAAAUGGAGUUAACAGAUCUACAAGAAUGGACACUGUUGUUUUUAUUCCAUAGGUCACACUGAGACCUACAGUUUACGUGUAGUUCAAGAAAAGAAGAGUCUGAAAAGAAUGUGUUGUUAUUGCACAUAAUAACAAUAAUAUUUAACCCACUGUAUAGUUUUGCUAGAAUCCAGAACAAAAUGUACAGACUUGUUUCAUCUCAUUCCAACAAAGUUUUCAUUAACAUUAAAUUUGAGCCAUGCGUGAUUAAGAUGAAAUAAAAGAUAAAGAUAAUACAUUAUUUCAUGUACAGCGGUGAGAAAAAAAACAUGAAUUGUAAUCUGAAAUGGCACUUAAAUAAAAUGACUUAAUCUCUAAUGUUGACUUAAUCUGUAAUGUUGUAAUUGUGUUUAUAGCAUAUAAAUGAACAGAAAUUCUCAUUGGUUUUAUGAGAAUCAAGCAAGGUUAGUUUUCAGUGGACCUGUGUGUGUGUGUGCGUGCGUGCGUGUGUGUAUAACCACAGCUGGACUAUAUUAUAGACAGUAAUGGACAACUGUAUUUCUCAACUAAACUGAAUUUAUCCUCUCUGCUUAUAAAAAUGAAAUGUGACAAUAGACCAUGCAUUGGCAGCCCUUAUAAGGAUCACUACAUCCAAUAAUAAUGAUUUCCUCAACAAUACAUUGCCAUUUUAAUAUACCUGUCAAUCUGUUUGGAUGUUUUUUGAUGGUAUUUUAUUGACUCCACUUGGUUAAUGAAUUUUUUUAUAAAGGGAAAAUAUCAGCACGUCAUCAGGUUAAUUCACUAUGAAACAACAAAGACUACCUGAACGCAUCUAAAUACCGCGGUGCUCAUUGCUCCGAGUUAUGAGACGUUCUGGAACCAAACAUCCAGAUUUCCAAGAACUUCGUGAAAAACGUCUCUAAACCUUUGUUUAGAGUUUGCCCUUGGAAAAAGAGGGUAUAUCUCCAAAAUCAACAGAAAAGGAUUAACAGAGAGACUUCAGAUUAUUGAAAUCAGAACAAGUGUCUGGGAUUAAUUCUGGCGACUGCUAAAAAUUUGACUUUUAUCCCAAAAGUGUAAUGAAGAAUAACCCUUCGCCUUCGAUUUAUUUCAUUGAUCUCCUUGUUACAAAGUGACAAUGAAAAUAAUCUUCUAAUCCUGCUAAUGUAUGGCUAUGCCAGUCAGUAGCAUUCAAUUCAAUUCAAUUUUAUUUAUAUAGCGCUUUUCACAAUGUGCAUUGUUCCAAAGCAGCUUUACAGGAUGUAUGGCUAUGCC